AUUGUGAAAAGUUUUCAGUGUUUUAAAGCGUAUUUUCAGAGAAUAGGUUGAAUAUACGGUUGGUGGCCGGUUGCGCGCGGAGUGCGGGGUUUUGCCGCGCUGCGCAACGCGCCCCGCUCGCCGCGAGCCGGCAAGCUCGCCGCUUCGUCCGACAGUCGUGUCUACGGCGCCACAUCAGACGCUCGCGCGCUUCUCUACCCCGACCGGCUCACGAAUAAUGUUUCAGUGUUUGCCAAACUCUAUUGGAGGUCUCGGUAGAAGUAUCGUAUUUAAUAGUUUACACUGUAUAACCAACAGCAUAGUCUCAGUGAGUGUUACGCAGUGUGUACGGAAAAAACUUUAUCGAAGAUUCUGAAGAAUCUUUCGUAAAUUGUGUAAAUCGCCGGCCGCGGUCGGAUAGCAUUUUGCACAAACUUUUCGACGGUGUGCGUUGAACCCAUCGCGCGCAUCGUCCCUGUGAUAAGGGGCCCUGUGAUAUCGACGACUUCGUCUUAGCUUUAAAACUAGUUAGUCCUUAGAAAUUAAACAAAAUGUCGGCGACCGACACUCAGAUAUUCCCAUUCGACUUCUGGGAUACGUUGGACGAGGAGUCAAUGGAGCUGACUCAAACAUCAGAGUUCUGGACGCAAGUCCAGUACGAGGCGGAGCGGCUGGACUUGGUGCCGCCAGCAGAUCUAGAAAUGCUCCAAGAUGAGCUGGAUUGGAGAAUAUUGGACGCUCCGGAAGAGCUAGAACAUAAAGAGAACAUAGUCCACCAUGACUGUAUGUGGGCAGGCUCGUGCGCUGACUCCGUUCACCCUACGAACACAUUUGUACCAUCCGAGCUGUCGCGCGCAGCGACGCCGGGGCCGGGACAGAGCCUGCUCCGACGGGACAUGUCACCGCCUAGACCGGACACUCCGCCUUCGCUGGACGGGGACGAACCCCCCCAGUUCCGCCAUGCCGUCGACGUCGUGGGCACAGCGCAGCGCCUGCUGAGGGACUCCGCGGCCGUCGCCGCCGACCACUCCUACACCCUCGCCCGGCAACAGUUCGACAAUCUGGGCGUGCAAACACCAUCUGACUCCUGUGAAUCAGAGGAGGAAAUCGACGUGGUAUCCCUCGGCACGCAGCUGCCUUUGGCCGCAACCCACGUGCGCACAGACUCGCUCCCACGCGUGCCAUCAGCUCAGGAACGCCAGCACAUCCAGCGGACAGUAGCCUCAGCCAUGAGUCCUCGACCAGCAGCUCGCAAGCGCUUGGUCCCGCCAACAACAAUGGCGGCCUCCGUCCCGCGCCGAAGAGCGCGCGGCCCCGGCCGCCGCGGACGCCGCUCCAACACCGACACUGACUCCGAAGCCGAGGCCCCAGAAAUGGAGCGACGCUCCAUACACAACGACAUGGAGCGCCUCCGCCGGAUCGGCCUCAAAAAUCUCUUCGACGAACUCAAGAAACAGAUCCCAGCCACGAAAGAUAAGGAACGCGCUCCAAAGGUCGUCAUACUCCGCGAAGCCGCUUCACUGUGUCGUAAGCUCAGAGAAGAGGAGAUCGAGCGCGAAUGUCUCAGAAAACAGCAAAACAAACUCCUCACCAAAUUGAAAAAGCUCCGCACUAUGGUGGCCGCGCGUUAUCGUCCGUAUUGAGAGGUGCGCGCCGUCUCUCCUUGGUUUUAGCUUGUUCUUUGCGGAACUCCCAGGGCUCAUCCACGUGACACUAUGAACUUUUGUACGUAAGUCGCUUCGUAACCUACUGGACGUUGCGAAUGGGCCUGGUAGAGCGAAAGCUCGCCCGUUUUAGUCCCUAGUCGGGAGUAUGUAACAGUUUCAGCUUUAAUGGCUUACUCUGCUUCUGUGGGAAACUGAAGUUUUAAAUCAAUAACUCGGGAGUUAUUAUGUUUUGCUCAACGAUAUUAUGCAGUGCCAAAGUGAGCCAUAAAACUGUUUUUAACUAUAAAUUCCUAGGUUCUCAGUAAAAUAUCUUAACUCACAGACUGCUUCGUGAACUAGUAGACUGGUUAUACCUCUAAAAUGUUUUUUGAAUUAUCAUUAAAGUAUAAAUAGUUGACAUAGCGCAUUACAGAUUUACUCCGUGUUGAAUAUUCGAAAAAGAUAUGACAUUUGUUGAUAUUGUUUCGAAACAGUAACGAAGAUUUUUUACUGGACCUUCCAUUUUAAAGAUAAAUAGAUGAUAAUGUACCAUGGUGUUUCAGUGUCACGUUUAAAUGUAUGAUGCGAGAGAGUUUGUGGAUUGUGUAAAUAGGAUUGGGGGCGACGCUAGUGAUGUGU